AUGGAGAGAGAGAGCGAUCCCUCGGGAGGAUGGAGGUUCGCACAGUGCUUCGGUGAUAAGGGAGAGGUGGAAGACAUCACAGAGGCCGAUAUCAUCUCGACAGUGGAGUUCGACCACACUGGAGAUUAUCUGGCGACUGGUGACAAAGGUGGACGAGUGGUGCUUUUCGAGAGGAACGAAUCUAAGAAGGGCUGCGAGUAUAAGUUCCAUACAGAGUUCCAAUCGCAUGAGCCCGAAUUCGAUUACUUGAAGUCGUUAGAGAUUGAGGAAAAGAUCAACAAGAUCAAGUGGUGCAGGAGGCAGAACGCUGCUCAUUUCCUCUUGAGCACAAAUGACAAAACGAUCAAGUUGUGGAAAGUCUUUGAGAAGUCGCUCAAAGUGGUAGCGGAGAACAACCUGUCUUCAGAUGGCUUUCACCCGCCGCCAGCUGGAGGCGUACAUCCGAGCUUGCUAUCAACGACACCCGCAGUUGGCAGCGGAUCGAGUCUGAGGCUGCCCAAACUCCAACAUCAUGACACAAUCGUUGCCGCUGUUCCCCGGAAGAUCUACGCAAACGCACAUGCUUACCAUAUCAACUCGAUUUCGGUCAACUCGGACGGCGAGACGUACAUUAGCGCAGAUGACCUGAGGAUCAACCUGUGGAACUUGAAUAUCAGUGACCAAAGUUUCAACAUCGUGGACAUCAAGCCUGUGAAUAUGGAAGAAUUGACCGAGGUCAUUACUUCUGCUGAGUUCCAUCCCAUCAACUGCAACAACUUCGUGUAUUCAAGCUCGAAGGGUACAAUCAAGCUGGCAGACAUGAGAGAUUCGGCGCUUUGUGAUCACCAUGCGAAGCACUUUGAAGAGGAGGAAGACCCCUCGAACAAGUCCUUCUUUAGCGAAAUUAUUUCGUCCAUUUCAGAUGUCAAGUUCAGCAGAGAUGGAAGGUAUAUCCUGUCAAGAGACUACCUGACACUCAAGCUCUGGGACGUCAACAUGGAGAAGAAGCCUGUGAAGACUAUUUCGAUACACGAGCAUCUUCGCUCGAAGCUCUGCGAUCUAUACGAGAACGACUGUAUCUUCGACAAGUUCGAGGCUCUGUGGGGUCCCGACGGCAACAAGGUUCUCACCGGAAGCUACAACAACUACUUCCACAUCUUCGACAAGGAGGACGACCAGAAUGUGGUUCUGCAGGCCGACAAGUCCGCCUUCAAGACGAAGAAGGCUGCAGGCGGAAAGAAGGGCAAGGGCGCGGGAGCAGCUGGAGCAGUGGGACAGAUUAACACGGACAAUGUGGACUUCAACAAGAAGAUCUUGCACGCCAGCUAUCAUCCCCGAGAGAACACUAUCGCCAUCGCAGCCACAAACAACCUCUUCAUCUUCUCGGCUCAGAAUGCGGCGGGCGUCCCGACGCUCUGA